UCGGUGCAAUUCGUAAUUUGAUCGACAUGCUACUCACCUCGGUCAUUUUGUCAAUUUUCUUGUUCUACAAAGCUUCGGCUAGCAGUUUGUCGUACCCAGAAGAUCGUACCGAUCUCCAGCAUUACCAAGACUCCAGCCGAUGUUACCCGGAUGUCGGCGAGUGGUACCUUAUGUACCGGAACUACUACUACGACCCAAUUUUCGGAGGUACUGCGAAGUGCCUAAAGUAUGCGAAAUACGGCGCAUACAAAAACUUCAGCUCUCCGGCUAUAUAUACGUUCGCAGGAAACGAAAAAAUAACUGGUCGUCUUGCUCUGGAUUCUUCAGAAUGUUACGUAUCAAAAGACACUCUGGGGUUUAUUCCAGAUGACCCUAAUCUGACUCCAAGAGAGUACUACGUCAUCUAUACGGACUGUGUGACGUGCGCCGUUCUUAGACACCGGUAUGCUGCGGAAGGCUAUGGAUGCACUUACUGGAGACGUACGACUGCACUGCGAAAUUCUGACGACUGCUGUAAAUUCAUCUACGAUGAAAAUUGUGGCACUUCACCAAAAUACGAUAUCUACGAUGAUUCCUGCCGAUUGUGAAAAAAGCCCGUGAGGCGAUAAUUUAUUUUUUGUAAAAGUCUUCCCUGAUAUCUGUUUCCAGUACAGGUGAUUUUUUAACCAAUCACGUACAAACUAUCUCUUCACAAUUUUCGCUAUUGGUAAAUGAUCAGCGUAAAAAAGCCUCCAACUGUAUGCACCAAGGCAGCUCUGGA